AUGUACUCGUUCUACCGAGCGUGGCUAUCGCUAGGCCCUUGCGGCGGUUUGCCGCCUUUUCACCCGGCUCUGCCCCCGACGCCGCUAAAUCUAUCAUCGACUUCCACUAUACCGGGCGCUCCCGACGUGAUUCUCCAAGUCGGGCCCAAUUUAACCCAAUUCUCGGCGCACAAAGCCGUUUUAACCACGCACAGCGGAUUCUUCAAAGCUGCCAUCGCCAAUCAACAAGGUGGCGCGCCAAUCACAGUACCAAACGUAAACAUCGACGAAUUCUCGUCGCUGCUAACCUUCAUGUACACGGGCUACCUGGACCUAAACAUCACAAACAUCUACAACAUCCUGCUGGCCACGCACAUCCUCCACAUGCCCAGCGCCUUGGAGAUAUGCCGGUCGUUCCUGCUCCAAACGCAACCGCCCGAAUUGCGAUCCAACGUCAUCAAACCGAUACCCAGCAGGAAAGCGGCGUUGCCGUCGCAGGAGAUCAACCCGCCGACGUACAGCGGCUUCCGAAAAUCCGAAGACACCCCCUUCAAGGCGGUCAACGCCAAGGAGACGCCGUCGCCGCAACGCCCGUCCACCUCGAAGAGCGACGACGCCGACGUCGAGGCGCCCCAAACGCCCUACGCGAAGAAACCGUCGGAGAAACAGAAGCACCGGAAGCGCCAAUCGAACGCCAACGAAAAGGUGGUCAUCGACAUAGCUUGUUGCGACGGCCCCGUCAAAUUCCACAGGGUGAUAAACAAAAACUACGGCGUCGUUCCCACGCCGGAGGUGUACCAAAGGCAGCAGGUCGAUCAAAACGAGGCGCUCAACAAGGUGAUGAACGAGAACAUCAGGGACAAGUUGGACGAGGAAUCGGAGAACCAAACCAACGAGGUGUUCACGUGCGUCUACUGCAAUCACACGUUCAAAUCGCAGUAUUGCUAUCAGAAGCACGCCCGGCGGCACUUGAAUCCGAUCGCGAUGGAUCCGAAGGCGACGCCGAAGGAGGCCAAGCGAGAGGUGAAGCUGCUGGACAUGAACGUGCAGUAUUACCCGUGCAAAACGUGCGGCAGCAAAUUUCCCAGCUACUAUUUCGUGCACAAGCACAGGAAGCUGUGCCACGCCGAAGAAAUGGCCGAUAACACCAACAAAAACAACGAGAUUAUAGCGGAGAACGCCGUCAAUACGGACAGCAGUUGCAGCGCUAUAGACGUGGAGGCGCUCAAUUCCGAUAAAUAG